UGAAAUAUGUAGGAUCUAGGUGUAAUUGACCCAGUUGACUUUAUGAAAUAGAUUUUUUGUUUAAGAAAAUCAAUUCUGCGCUGCAUUUUCUUAGCAGUUAAGUAUCCCCUUUAAAUAUUUUCAUGUUAAGCUUCUCCAUCUAUGCUGCUACAAUGGAAGAGUAAAUGAUAUUUGGUUUUAGUUAUUUGAGCCAUUAGAUUUAAAUUAGGUUUGGUGAAAAUGGAAAGAGAGUUGAUGGAUAAAGUUAAUGCUUUUGGUGAACGCCUCAUGGUUGAAGGAGCUGAGUUGGGCAGAAAGAUGAGUGCUGGCAUGAGCUCAAUGAGCUUUAAGGUGAAGGAACUCUUCCAAGGCCCGAACCCAACUGAUAAGCUUGUUGACGAUGCUACCUCUGAGGCCCUUGAUGAGCCUGAUUGGGCCUUGAAUCUUGAUAUAUGUGACAUGGUCAAUCACGAAAAAGUGAACAGCGUUGAAUUGAUCCGUGGCAUCAAGCGGAAGAUAAUGUUGAAGAGCCCUAGGGUUCAAUACUUGUCCUUGGUCUUGCUUGAAACUUUUGUCAAGAAUUGUGAGAAGGCAUUCUCAGAGGUGGCGGCUGAGAGGGUUCUUGAUGAGAUGGUUAAGCUAAUUGAUGAUCCUCAAACUGUUGUCAAUAAUCGUAACAAAGCUUUAAUGCUUAUUGAAGCAUGGGGGGAGUCGACAAGUGAGCUCCGCUAUUUACCCGUAUAUGAGGAAACUUACAAGAGUUUAAAAUCAAGGGGUAUCCGCUUUCCUGGCCGUGACAAUGAGAGUUUGGCACCUAUUUUUACCCCUGCUCGUUCAGUUACAGUGCCAGAGGUGGAUGCCAGUCUUGCACAGCAGUUUCAGCAUGAUGUGCAGCUUCAGCAUGACAUUCCUGUUCAAAGCUUUUCUGCUGAACAAACGAAGGAAGCAUUUGAUGUGGCAAGAAACUGCAUUGAGCUUCUUUCAACUGUGUUAUCCUCAUCGCCCCAGCAAGAUGCUCUUCAGGAUGACCUGACAACCACGCUUAUCCAGCAGUGUCGUCAGUCCCAAUCCACUGUUCUAAGAAUCAUUGAAACUGCCGGAGACAAUGAUGCCCUGCUUUUCGAAGCUUUGAAUGUGAACGAUGAGAUCCAGAAAGCUCUCUCAAAGUAUGAAGAAUUGAAGCCACCAGUGGUUCCUCGUGAGCUGGAACCCGCAGUGAUUGCUGUGGCUGUGGAACCUGAUGAUUCGCCUCGUCAUGCAAAUGAAGAUGCCUUAAUUAGAAAAGCAACAGGCGCUCGAAAUGGAACCCAUGAUGGAAGCAACGAUGACAUGAUGGAUGAUCUUGAUGAAAUGAUUUUCGGUAAGAAAGGUGGGGGCUCAUCCGAAGGGGUGCAAGAUUCAAAGAAGCAGCAAGAACCAAAAGAUGAUCUUAUCACAUUCUGAUUCCAUAAUAUAAGAACAGAAGGCCUAUGUCGGGCCAUUUUAGGUAUUCAUCUGAAGUUUGGUAGUAAAAACACACGAAAGGAUUGUCAACUUUUUCUUUGACAUACUGCAAAUUAUGUGUAAGCAAUUCGUGCGUGGAUUUUGUUUUA